AUGGCCGUCGGUCGCUUCCUCUGCGUGGCCCUCCCCCUCAUCCUCACCGUCGCCUCCAUCGUCGCCCUCCUCGUCGCCACCCUCUCCGGCGUCGCGCACGGCAGCAUGUACAUGUUCCGCAUCAACGUGGCCAAUCUGACCAUCAACCCGGCCAAUGUCGGCAGCGUUGCCAGCCGGCUCGGCAUCAAUCUCAAGCCUCGUGCCGACGCCCAGACGGGCAACAUCACGGCCGGGAACCUCGGCCUCGCCGACGUCUACGACGUCAACCUCUGGGGGUACUGCAGCACGAGCAAGGAUGGGAAGCGGGAAUGCACCAAGGCUCAGUUCGACUGGGCCUCGUCCAAGCUCAACACCACCUGGAUCGAGACGUUUGGCUCCGCCGCCGGCGCCAACAUCACGCUCCCCACGGAGAUUAAGAAUUCCCUCACGGCCUUUCGCACCGUCACCAAGUGGACCGAGGUCGCCUUCAUCGUCGCCCUCGUCGCCCUCGGCGUCGCUCUCCUGUCCGGCCUCUUCGCCACUUGCUCGCGCGGCAUGUCCUGCCUGACCUGGCUCGUCGCCUCGGUCGCCGCCGUCCUCGUCGGUCUCGCCGCCGGCCUCGCCACGGCCAUGGCCGCCAUCGUCAUCGGCGCCGUCGAGGGAACCGCCCGCUUCUACGGCGUCGGCGCCAGCUUCGACCGACGCUUCCUCGCCUCGGUCUGGAUCGCCACCGCCUUCGCCAUGGCCGCCGGCUUCUUCUGGAUCUUCACCAUCUGCUGCUGCAAGCCCGAGCGCCGCGACCGCAGUUCCCGCGCCGACAAGCACGCCGCCGGCGAGAAGACGUUCCCCUCCAAGGGGUACGCGCCUCUGACGAGCGACCAUGAGAUGAGGGGGGCCUACUACAACCCCCAUCAGCAGAGCCAACCCAGCCAGCCUCCUCGCUACCCAAGCGGGACCGGUCGCUCCGACCUGGCGUACGAGCCCUACUCCCAUCGGGCCUAA